GAAGCUCUUCUUCAUUGUUAUUACAUAUUUCCAUCUUUAUCUCAGUUCAAGCUCAUUAAAAGUUUUUUAACUAUGGCACCAAAUAUUGAAGGUGUGGAGGAACCAUCUUAUCGGACCUUGCAUAAUCCUAGACAAGGUGGUUAUAAGCCCACAUUUUUCGUCUUUGUGCUAGUGUUGCUGGAAAACAUAGGCUUUGUUGCAAAUAUGGUAAGCCUGGUUCUAUAUUUUCUACGUGUCAUGCAUUUUGAUCUGUCCGGCUCUGCAAACACCACCACCAACUUCCUGGGCACUGCGUUUUUGUUGACACUUGUUGGAGGCCUUGUCUCUGACAGUUACAUGAAUCGCCUCAACACUUGCCUCCUAUUUGGCGGAAUUGAGAUGCUGGGAUAUCUUUUAAUCAUAAUUCAGUCGCAUUAUGCUGAAUUACAACCUGGAGCAUGUGAGGAGUAUAGAUGUGUAAAGGGUACGAAGGCCUUCUUGUUUUACGCCUCUAUUUAUUUGUUGGCGCUGGGGGGAGGUGGAAUUAGAGGGUCAUUGCCUUCUCUAGGGGCAGAUCAGUUUGAUGAGAAUGACCCGAAGGAAAGCAAGCACAUAGCCAGUUUCUUUAAUUGGUUCUUGUUUUCUGUAUCUGGUGGAGCACUUAUUGGAGUUACAGUUGUAGUGUGGGUAAGCACAAAUAAAGGAUGGGAUAAGAGCUUCAUUAUCUCCACUGUUUGUACAUUCAUUGGUCUAGUUUUUGUUGCAUUGGGAAAGCCAUUUUAUCGCGUUAGGGUGCCUGGAGAAAGUGCCUUUCUGAAUAUUUCACAGGUCCUAGUAGUUGCUAUGAAGAACUGGAAAUUGAAGCUGCCACAGAAUUCUCAAGAGCUCUAUGAGCUGCACAGUAGCCCCGAGCAUGAACUUGGAGAACGCAUUCCUCACUGCAAGCAAUUUAGGUUACUAGAUAAAGCUGCUAUACUUGCUGAAGGCACCAAGCCUGAUAAAUGGAAAGUAUGCACAGUGACUCAAGUUGAAGAAGUAAAGAUCCUCACAAGAAUGAUGCCUAUUCUUCUAAGCACCACACUCAUGAACACAUGUUUAGCUCAGUUACAAACUUUUUCCAUCCAGCAGGGCACCCUAAUGGACACAAAAGUUGGCAGUUUUGAUAUUCCAGCAGCCUCUAUUCCUGUUAUUCCUCUAUUGUUCAUGUGCUUUCUCGUACCAAUAUAUGAAGUUUUCCUUGUCCCCGUGUUCAGAAAACUGACCGGUCAUCCAAAUGGCAUUAGCCAUCUCCAAAGGGUUGGUGUUGGGCUAGUUUUCUCAGCCAUUUCUAUGGGGGUAGCCGGACUUGUGGAAGUGAAACGAAGGAAUGAAUUUGUGAAUCAUAACAAGCGCAUUAGUCUCUUCUGGCUCUCAUACCAGUACGGGGUAUUUGGAAUAGCAGACAUAUUUACUUUUGUUGGGCUAAUGGAAUUCUUCUAUAGUGAGGCUCCAAAAGGCAUGAAAUCACUCUCCACUUCUUUCUCAUGGCUUUCCCUCUCAAUAGGAUAUUACUUGAGCACAGUCUUCGUAGAAAUUAUUAAUCUGGUGACUGGCAAGUGCACUUCAAGCAAAAGGGGAUGGCUAGAAGGGCUUGAUAUGAACAAAAACCAUGUUGAACUUCUUUACUGGUUCCUGGCAAUUCUCAGUAUUGUGAACUUAGGAAAUUAUGUAUAUUGGGCUAACUGGUACACGUACAAGAGAGAUAUUCCAGUCGAGCCUAUUAACCAGCCGGUGCUGACAGAAACUCCUAGUGACAGUCCAUCUCCUCUAGGAUGGGGUCAAUUGAUAUUUGCCACUAAACAAGGUGAAAGGACUGAUUAAGUAAAUUUUCAUAAUCAGGUAGCGCAUUUUACUACUUCUAGGAGUUAAAGUAGCAUAAGGUCGGUGUACAUCUCACCCUCUCCAGACCGUACUACUUGUCAAGUGUCUGGGAAUGAAGGCUAAAAGUGCCAUUUUUCAUAGAUAAUCAGCAGACUUCCAAAUAAGAAAUAUCAAUACAAAUUUAGCAUCAAACGAUCAAAAAAGGACAAUGAGAAGCAUGCAUAAAUCAUAUUUAGACGAAGAAAUGUGCACUAGAAUCUUCUGAGUUGUCAAUGUAUAGCUCUUUACCAGACAAAUUAAACGAGACAGUAUCAAGUAUCCGCCAAUGAAAUAAUGCCAAUCUUGGUCCAGAACUGCUAUUCUCUCAUUUUUCACACUUUUCCAUCGUUCUUGCUGGAUUUAUUUUGUGCUCGAUUUAUUCGUGUCUGCUCAUAUAUUGGACUGCAUUUCUGUCUGUUGCACAAGCUACU